CCAGUCUGACGGCCGACGGCGCCGGCGGAGGGUGUGUACGAGACGCGAGGACGUCAGACGGACGGACCGGAUGAGGGUGUCUGUCGACAGCUGGUGGCCGCAGGUGGAAAUGUGAUAGGAGGAAAUCGUGACACUGUGGAAACAGGAGUUGGAAACCGUGACGCUGUGAGGGCAAAAGCCGGAACUUGUGAUGCUGUGAGGACCGGCGGUGAAAAUCGUGAGCACCGGAGGUAGAAUCUGUGAGGACCGUCGGUGGAACCUGUGAGGACCGGAGGUAGAAUCUGUGAGGACCGGAGGUAGAAUCUGUGAGGACCGGAGGUAGAAUCUGUGAGGACCGGAGGUAGAAUCUGUGAGGACCGGAGGUAGAAUCUGUGAGGACCUAAAUAAUCUGUGAGGACCGGCGGUGAAAUCUGUGAGGACCUGUAGAAACUGUCAGGACCGCAGGUGAAAGCUGUGAUUGUGGGGACCGGAGGCGGAAACUGCGACAGGUUGAGGAAUGGAUAGUAGGUGACAACUGUGAUACUGUGAGGGACGGAGGUGAAAACUGUAAUACUGUGAAAACUUAGACCAAGCACGGAUCGGAAUUGGUCACGGGAUUUUAGCCUCACGGUCCAAACGUUUGGUUAACUCAGCUCCGGGCGGCUGGGACAGCCGGGACAGCUCGAGCCGGGACAGAUCGAGCCGGGACAGCUCGGCCGGGACAACUCGGCCGGGCGAUGGCCGUCUACCAGUGCCGAAAAGGCCGCUCGCUGGGCCUGCUGGCCGGCGCAGCGUUCCUGGCCGUCUGUCUGCUGAGCGGCAGGCAAACGGAGCCCUCAGAGGAUGCCGUCACUGUAAUUCGGGCGCACCUGCAGCCCACCUUCUCCUCCGCCGGCGCCCGCUCCCCGUAUAGUCCCCCGGAUCUCUCGCUGAAGGAGGCGCUCGAGGCGCGCGUGCUCGCCCUCCGAGCUCACUGCGAGAGGAAGGAGAAGGACGGCGAGACCCUGCAGCACAAGCAGUCAAAGCUGGAGUCUGCCCUGCGCCGACAGCGGGGUCAACUCGCCUGGUGUGCUCAUCCGCUCACCAUGGACACACACAUGACGGACAACCUGGAGCGGCUGGCUGACGAGAACAGUAACACAGAGAUCCGGAUAGACCGGGAUAACUACUUCUCCAUGCCGGAGGCAGAGGACGGAGGAGACAGAGGGGCCGCCGGCAUGGCCUGGCACAUCGUGGAGCACCCGCUGCUGGUGCUGACCCGGGCCUACCUGGAGCUGAGGGACGGACACACCAGAUGGACGGUGCCGGCCGGCCAGAGGACCGGGCCCGCCGUCUCGCUGGCCGAGGUGCUCGAGCUGGCCGUCACCGACGACCCGCUGCCCCCUGCGGCCGACACCUGCGCCGUCUGCAACCACCGGUACGACUUCGUGCUGCACGCCGCCGAGCUGGACACGGAGGUGGCGUUCCUGGCCUCCGAGAUGGGCUGGCGGAACACGUGGAGGCCGCUCCCGGAGUCGGCGGACUCCCGCGAGACGGUGGUGCGCGAGCUGGCGCGGCAGCUGCCGCUGGUGCCGCGCCACCUGCUGCGCCGCGUCAAGCAGCGGUUCCGCCGCGAUCUGAGUCUGUACGGGUUCCGGAUGGACCUGGACACACUGCUGGAGGCCGCUCAGUGAGCCGGCCCAGUGUGUCCGGCCCGGAUGGACCUGGACACACUGCUGGAGGCCGCUCAGUGAGCCCCGGCCGGUGGCGGGUCCGCGGGACGGCGGGACGGACGCUCCCGGGCCGGUGCAGCUGGUGAUGGCCGGGCGGAACCCGAGAUCUGUGAACGCUCUAAGCAGAAUGGACCGUAAACUGAUGAGACUGUAGGGAAAACGGCACGUUUGACGUGCUCUCAGAUGGUGUUACCACUGUAUAUGCAUUUAUGAUGUCGCAGUACUUUGUCGAACUGCAAGUCUUAAGGCCCAAAAUGUACUUCAGACAGCAUUCUUCCAAAAUUUGCUUCACAAAAUACUCAAAUAAUGACCGUUCCAAGACAACACAUACCAUCGAGACAGUAGGUACCGGGAGUUCCUAAAUAAACAGACGAUUUUAAAAGUCAUUUAUUUCCAGUUCCAAUGACAAAAUCCAAUGAAAACCAUAACUGUUGUAUAGCACAGUCAAUGCUAUUUUAUAUUGGUCUGAUCACUGUCUCACUGGCCACUCACUGAUGGCGGCAGAGCACAUGCUCCAGAUGCUCUCCCUUCCGCUCCAGGCACAGAACGGCGCGGCUCCGUGCCGACUCCAGCGCGGCCCGGCAUAUCUCGGGUCGCACUCGGCGGACUGCACAGGUCACAGCUUCUUUGAGCUCCUCUAAGGUUCCCGGGUUGUUCCUGUACACCUGGUCCUUAAGGUGACCCCAGAGGAAGAAGUCACAUGGCGUCAAGUCGGGUGAGCGCGCGGGCCAGCUGUGCACCUCUCCCCGUGAGAUCAGCCUCUGACCAAAGCGGUCGCGCAGCCAUUUCCGGGUGGCGCCGGCCGUGUGCGCGGUGGCGCCGUCCUGCUGGAACCACUGGCUGUCCAGCUGCUGUGUAGCGCCGCCCAGCUUCCGCCUCAGCGCAGUCCAAAACCUGCUGAUGACCUUCCGGUACCGCUGUGCGUUAACCGUUACAGUGGCCCCAGCGCUGUCCUCGAACCAGAAAGGGCCAAUCACGCCCCUGCUGCUGAUCGCACAAAACGCAGUGCACUUGGCGCUGUGCAGAGGGGCUUCAGCGACGACAUCUGGCAGGUCGGUCGACCAGAACCGAAAGUUUUGAAAGUUCACACGUCCAUCGAGGUGAAAAUUCGCUUCAUCGGUGAACCAGAUCUGGUGGAGAAAGUCGCUAUCGUCGUCGCAGUUCCUCAGAAACCAGCCGCUGUACAGCAUUCGUGCCUGUUUGUCGGACUCCGUCAGUGUUUGGUGAACAGACACCUAAACACUAGCUGACAGUCAGUCCUGGCCAGCCGUUGAGCCGUUGUCUUGCUGCAGCCCAGCUCCUGGCUCAGCCGCCUCAGGGACUUGUUGGCACUCCGCUGGAGAGCCUUCUGGGUCUUUUCCACGUUGUCAGGUAUUCGUUUUGUCUUCUUUCGGCCGCAUCGACCCUUCCUGAGGUUCUCAACACUGCCAUGGGCCAGAAACUUCUCCACCAAACUCAAAAUAACAUUUCUCGAUGGUGCUUUCCGGCUCUUAAAAAACCGCCGAUAUUUACGUUGUGUACCGACAAUAGAUUUUGUCUCAAUAUAUAAGCGUAUGACUUUUGUUUUUUCGUCUGUACUGUAUGGUUUCAUGGUGACAAGUGAUUGAAACUGGUAUCACACAAAAAGCAAUGAACGUGCUUUCAGCACGUGCACUUUUAUUAACAUAAUUUUAAUCACAGCCACCGCCAGAGGGAAAUUAAAAUCGUCUGUUUAUUUAGGAACUCCCGGUAUUAUCCAGUGUGACGAGGCAGUAUUAUGACGUGUGCGUGUUCGAAGAGUGUUAUCGACGUGCUAACAGCGCUCGUCUGGACUCCGACCGCCUGGCAACGGAGCCUUGAACGAAACAGACGCCAGCAGUGGCUAUACAUUAUUGAACUAGUUACGACGCUAUCUGGCCGCUCAGUUGGCUUUGAAUGAAUUUAGCAUAGCUGUUGUGCCCAGUUUCUUGUGUAAGCCAUGUCUAUACAGAUAUAUACUGGACAGGGACCUUCUAUAGUGGUAUCCAAUGUGAACAGGGCCACCGUUUGAGCAGAUAAGGUCUGUUGAUUGUGGCAACACCCAUUUGAUGGGCUAUGGAUUUGAUUUAGGUGGUAUAGCCGCUGCGAAUUUCAAGUGCCGUUUGCAUAACAGUGUCGAUUGUGGAUUUCCACAUUUGUAGGCCGUUUGUGGACGAGGACCGUUUGUGUACAGGGAGUGUUUGUGGACAUGGACUGGUUGUGCACGCCGGACGGGGACCGCUGUUGUGGGCAGGACCCGCUUAUGGACAUGACUGGUUGUGGUUACGGGUUUAAAGUCGCGGGUCGUGUUACGGCGAGAUGGCUCUAAAACUGGAGAAGAGAUUGUGACAGGGGUGGAGCUUCCUAUUCACUUGGUGGGGCGCCUGCCCCACCAACUUGCCAUUUUGCCCCACCAAUAAGCGUUUUGCCCCACCAACUUAAGCCGAUUUGCAGGACUUUACUGCUUAGCAAACCUAUGUUUUUCGCAUUGAGGAGCUUUGAAAUGUCUGUGUAAUGCAAAAUAUUAUCUCUGUAAUGAAAAGAAUUGAUUCAUUGUUGAAUUUUAUCUAACUUAACAAUCGGACAUUGUAGGUUUGACAACUUUUUGCCCCACCAACUUUCCUGGAAAAGCUCCACCCAUGGAUUGUGAUACGUUAUGUGAUGCGCUAUAGGUACAUAUACAUAUAAGCCGUCUCUAUCGUGAAAUGCUGCUGACUAGUACAAUAAGAACUCUCUAAGAGUACUUCUAACUAAGUGAAGCGGCGAGGGCGCAUGUAAAGUGUCCAUUGGUGAUGCUAUACCGUGUGUCUGUCGUCUGACACUGCUUUGGACGGUCCCGAGGUUCGCCCCGGAGGACACUAGCUGUUAGACCCGUCAGCCAUUUACACUGUAUCAGCCGUCUUGGGUAUCGACUGUUACGGGCAAUGUGCUUACUCGGGCAGUACAUUCACACUGUAUCAGCCGCUGCCGUCUUGGGUAUCGACUGUUACGGGCAAUGUGCUUACUCGGGCAGUAUGCGACUGCCAUCUGCUGAGAGAGGGGCCCGACCCCCUGGCUUAACCUUCCGUCCAUAUUCGACCCAGUGAGUGGUCGGCUCGGCUGCUGCGUUAUCUCGUGAUUGUGUGAUUCCUUAUUAUUUAUUGAAUACAUUUUUACAAAACGUU